UGGCACACACCCAAUGUCUGGGAUGCCGGUGUUCCAGGUUUGCUCUGAUAAGUGCGGAUGGUCAGUCAGGCAGCCAUGCGAGGCCAGCGUGUGGUGGAGAGCGAGUGCAGGUGCUGGAACCCGGCCGUCUGGCUGCUGGUGUCCCUGCUGGGGACCCUCGUCUUGGUGGCCGUCAGUGUGCUGCUGCGACUCGGAGACUUGAAAAUAAACAGACGGGCUGUAAACACCAAUGGCGUGCAAACCCCCUUAAGGACGCAGUACCAAGUUCAACUGGUGAAUGGACGUAACAGGUGUGAGGGUAGAGUGGAGGUGUUCUACAACAACUCAUGGGGCACAGUGUGUGACGACGACUGGGACAUGGUGGAUGCCAACGUGGUGUGCCGGCAGCUGAGCUGCGGAGUGGCGGCGGCGGUGGGCAGCAGCUCUCAGUUCGGACAGGGCUCGGGGCUCAUCCUGCUGGAUAAUGUGGACUGCAGAGGGAGUGAAGCAGACCUCAGCCAGUGCCGCAGUCUGGGCUGGGGCGUCCACAACUGUUACCACUACGAGGACGUGGGUGUUUCUUGCAGAGGUAAAGUCUUUACACAACUUCUAAAGAGUAGUGUAGCAUCCAUGCUGGUGGCCCCCUGCAUGGUUACCCCUGCCAGCAGUGUUUAAAUUAGAGAUGGAACCAUCCGUCUGGUGAAUGGACAGAACGCCUGCCAGGGUCGGGUAGAGAUCUACUACCAGGGAGGCUGGGGGACAGUGUGUGACGAUGACUGGGCCCUCAACAAUGCCCGGGUUGUGUGCCAACAGAUAGGCUGUGGCAGUGCCGUCUAUGCACACACCAACUCCUUCUUUGGCUACGGAACCGGACGGAUUCUCCUGGACAAUGUCAACUGCCAGGGCACUGAGCAGGAACUGUCCAAAUGCAAAAGCCUGGACUGGGGCAAACACAACUGUGGCCACCAUGAAGACGCUGGGGUCACCUGCACUGGUUCAACCACUGUACCUCCUUUGGCAACAGAAAACCAGAGAGGGCUCUUGGUAACAUAUAAGACUCAAGCAACAGAUAGCGUUCCAGUCACCACAAGACCAACUACCACAACUGUUACAACAACUGCCCAGACAAAAGGCAAACCAGCAAUUCGUGUGAUGAACGGUAACAGUAGCUGCCAGGGUCGUGUAGAGGUCCUCUACAGAAAUGUUUGGGGGACUGUGUGCGACGAUGACUGGGACAUCUUCAACGCCAAUGUGGUGUGCCAGCAGCUUGGCUGUGGCAGAGCAAUCAUGGCCAAGACCCAGGCCUACUUCGGGUACGGGUCGGGCCCGAUCCUGCUGGACAAUGUGGAGUGUACUGGCUUUGAACAGCAGCUGUCCGACUGCGCCAACCUGGGCUGGGGUCAGCACAACUGCGGCCAUCAUGAGGAUGCUGGAGUUAUCUGUGCACCUUUUGAAUUCUUGAUUGCAAAUGGACGUGACUUCAAAGUAACAGAAAGCAUACCUGCCACCACCACCACCCCGCGACCCUCUGAAGGAAUGGUGAGACUGGUGGGUGGACAGCACCGAUGCGAGGGUCGGGUGGAGAUGUACUCAAAUUCCGGAUGGGGCACAGUCUGCGACGACGCUUGGGACCUCCCCGACGCUCGGGUUGUAUGUCGCCAACUGGGCUGUGGGGAGGCCACGGCGGCUUGGGGGGAGGCGUUCUUCGGGCCCGGAUCAGGGACAAUCCUGCUGGACAAUCUCAAGUGCAGCGGCGCGGAGGCCUCCCUGCAGAAGUGCUCCCAUAUAACCUGGAAUGUGCACAACUGUGACCACUCUGAAGAUGCUGGCGUCACCUGCUCGCUGUCGUGAUUUCAGCAGAACCACACGCCCAUCGUACCAACCUGGGACUUGUAUAUUAUUAUGUACAUAACAGCUUCAACAUUGCUGAAGGAAUA